AUGCAGAGUUGCAUUGGUGUUUUGGCAAGCACCAGAGUCCCUCUUGUGGACAAGAAAUGGACUCAAUUGCCCAAGGACUUGAAGCAGCAGAUUUGGGAAGCUGUUCAAAUGGCUUAUGUUGUUGGGGAAGGGGGUACGAAGAUGGUGCUGUCGUCUGCCGCCAAAAAAUGGAAGGAUUUUAAGUCUACCUUAAUUAGGCAGUUUAUCCUUCCAUUCGCAAAUGAAAAGGAGAAGUUAAAAGAGGCCCCUCAGCUUUAUAACUUCAUAGAGAAGUCGCAAUGGGAUGCCUUUGUAGCUUCAAGGUUAUCCCCAGAUUUUGAGGUUGUGCAUUCUGAGCAGUCACAGAGAAGGGAGAAAUGUGAGUACAACCAUAGGUUGUCUCGAAAAGGAUACGUUGGUUUGGAGGAUGAAUUGAAAGAAACCAUACCCGGUGAAGAAAUCGAUCGAUCUCUGCUAUGGAAGAAGGCAAGAUAA